ACUUAUAUGUUGUCUGAUUCACUUCAAUAAAACACGUGUCUGUCUGUACGUACAACAUUAGAAAAAUUGAUAAAAGAAAAAUUAGUAAUAAAUAUGAGUGCUUUUAAAAAAAAUAUGUUGUGCUUGACCUUAAUUCUAGUCUUUCCGUUUUUUUUCAAAGAUGUACAUGGAUUAAAUAAGUUAAAUGUGGACAUCCUUUAUGAAGCUUUGUGCCCUGAUAGCUUAAGAUUCGUUAGGAACCAAUUGCACCCUUCGUGGAAAGAACUAGAACCGUAUAUAAAUAUUCAUUUUGUACCUUUUGGUAAAAGUCAAAGCAUAAAUGAUGGUGAAAGUUUCCAGUGUCAACACGGACCUGGGGAAUGCAACAGAAACAAAAUAAUGUCAUGCGCCCUUCAGGGGAUUCCCGAUCAAUCCACUCAAGUUGAAUAUGUUAAAUGUGCAAUGGUAUCUUUUUUUCAAGAAAAUGACCCUUUAGGAUUUGCAGAAAGGUGUGCUACAGAGGCAGGAUUGCAGUGGAGUGAAAUUAUGACAUGUUACAAUUCAAAUAUUGGAACAAUGUUACAAUUGCAAGCUGAACGAGAAACGCAGGCGAUAAAACCAAAAUUCGUUCCUACAAUUCUUUACAAUAAAACCUUUGACCAGGUGCUUCAAAAUGAUAGCAUAAGAAACUUUAAGCAAGUCGCUUGUUCCUUAGUGUCACAGACGCAUCCAAAUGCUUGCUCAUAAUCAUCGACCGUUAAUAUUUAAUUAAGCUUGCAGUUGUAUUCUUGUUUACUUGAAUAAAUGCAAUAACUUCCAGAUAGAAA